AUGAACUACGCCAGCAUGAUUGACGAAAAAGGUCUAAAGAAAGGCUUCAUCGUCGCCACCCUCAUCUCCACCAUCAUCGGCACCUUCACCACCGGCAUCGGCCUGUACGAUCGUAUCCGUGACCACUCCCGCCAGCACCACACCGACCACGCGCAGGACCACAGGAUCGACGAUCUCGAGCAUCGCAUUGACCGCCUCGAUCGCCGUGACCGUCUCGACCGACACGAUGGUUUUGGCGGCGGCGCCGGAUACCUCUCGCCCAACGCGGUCGGCGAUGCCGUCUAUGCGGCCCUCUCAUCUGCGCCUACGGCUAUCCGCCGCGAGUACGAGGGGCUCCUGGCUUCUGCCGGUCCUCGUUUCGCCCAAGGAGACGCCACGGCCCGCCUCCAGCUGCAGGCCCUCCUCAUCGACCUGCAGUCGUCUGUGAUUCAGCAGCUGCAGGAAGCCCUGGACCGCCGCAGCUACCGCCGCAGUUCGAGCAACCCCAGAGGCGGGAGAGUGGACGAUCGGUACGGCUUCUCAUCCGAGCGUCUGGCCGAGGCUGCAGACCGCGCUCGCAACGGCAGCAUCCGCGCUCUGCGGGAACAGCACCAGCGCCUGCUGGAAGACUCUACACCGCACCGACCGCUCUCCCACCACUCCAACGACUAUCUGGAAUAUGCCGAUGGCCGUGAGGACACCGGCCUGUUCUGUCCCUACGCCCUGCAGCUGCAGCGCAACCCCCGGACGCCGAUGGACUUGGAUCUGGACGGCGACGACACUGCCAUUUCCGACACAACGGCCGCUUUCUGUCCCUCUUGCGCCGGCCGUCUGGAGAUCUCGCCAGACUACGCGUGGAAGAUUCAAAAGUCCGUUGUGGUUGGCCAGCGGUUCGACAGGGAUGACGAUGACCGGGAUGCCGGUAGAAAUCACCACAGAAGAGGCGCUAGUAUGCACUCGCACAGUGUUGUUGAUGACGUCGAGGACCGCGUUUUCGUGCUCAGCAACCGAUUCGUCGUCAAGUGCCACCAGACCGCCAAGGUGGUUGAAGACCAUGAGAGCCGCCACGCCGGGUUUUCCAUGCUGAAGCCGUCGUACGCUUGCUGUCUGUGCGAGGAGCGCGGGCGCUAUUCCGGCCGUGGGCGGAGCUCUUCAUCCCGCGUGGCCGUGUGCAGCAACAUGACGAACCUGGUUGACCACGUGUGUGACGAGCACAGCAUCAAGGAGCUGAUGGCAGACCCAGACAUUCACGAAGUCGAGCCGCGGCGGGAGCGGUGGUAG